AUGGAGAGAGAUAUUUACAGCAUUGCGUUAACCAUAUUUUUUAGCUUUCAGAAAAACUUGACGAUGAAAGUUCCUGCCCAUUCUAAAAUGAAAAUCGUCUGCCCAAAUCCAGCGAGUGUAUUACAAGAAACGGAAUCUAGCAUACCACUGGAGCAAAUGUACUCAAAUCUAUGGAUAGUGACUAAACAAGAGUUUGACAUUUGUAAAAUAAACGCAAGUGAUCAAAGCUUUUCUAACGAGAAGAGAUUACUGAUGAGCUGUAAUAACCCUUUGCAGCUGAAGUAUUAUGAGAUGGUGUUUAGAGCUUACACCGUGCCAGGCAGCAUUGCAUAUGAGCCCGGCAAUAGUUACUACUUUAUAGGUACGUCCGACGGUACCAACCACUCACUGGCCAAUCACGAAGGGGGACACUGCCUGUCGUCUAACAUGCGGAUGUCAAUCUACGUCUGUAAUGGAAGUUUAGAUCCAACUUGCAAUGAAGUUCAACAGAGUUCACUUUCGCCCACGCCCUCACACUCGUCCCAGUCUUCAGUAUUCUCUGUCUCGACUCCAACAGCUCGUAUUACGACUUCCAGCGCUCUAGUUACUAAUUCCUGGAGUUACAUGUUUCCUUCAGUUUCGGCAGUGAGUUCCGCCAGCACUGCACUUGCACUUCAGUCAUCGAUUGCUGUCCAAUGUCAAGCAACCAUUAACGAAAUGUUAAUUAGGAGUCUUAUAAACCAGUCAGAACUAUUGUACGACAUUUACAACUACACACUCAUGAUACCGGAUUUAAGUCUCAUGCUACAGCAGAAACUGAACCUUUCAACAGGGCAGACGACAGAAACCGACGGAAGUUCGUUAAAGGUCAUCACGGCUAAACCUGCUCAGCGACAUUGUAAAAAUUGGCUGAAAAAGAACUACACAGAAAGCGGAAGCUACCGUCUGUUGAUAAAUUGGAAGACUUGGCAAACAAAUGAUCGUUUUCGAGUUUACUGUGACCAAGAAACUGCUGGCGGUGGUUGGACCCUUUGGAUGCGUCGCUUUGACGGAUACAUCGGCUUCAACAGAGACUGGGAUUCUUAUGAGGAAGGAUUUGGAGAUACCUCCGGCGAAUUUUGGCUGGGUUUAAGAUCUAUGGAGAAAAUUCAUGCUGACAGUAAGUUCUCCAUAAGGUUAGACAUGGAAACCUCUGACGGCAGCAAGGACUACGCUGAAUACACGAAUUGUGAAUUGGGAGACUGGCAAACUAUGUACACGCUAACAGUGGGAUCGUUUGUGGGUGGCGGUGCAGGUGACUCUCUUUCAUUCCAGAAUGGUACGAAGUUCUCGACUUUUGACAAAAAUAAUAUGCAGAAUACCAGCACAAACUGUGCACAGGACACCAAAGGUGGAUGGUGGUUCAAUGACUGUCAGCGAAAGGCUUGCUUAACAGGAAAAUACAAAAACGGCAUUCGGUGGGAUUCUUGGAAAGGAUCCAAUGAAACUCUCUCCAAAAUAGAGAUGAAAGUACGCCCAGUUUGA